UUGAAGCGGUGCGAAGCGCGCGACAGUUCCGUUCAGUUCCCGUAAAAGCGUCAGAGUCGCGUUCGUUACGUACGUGCUGGUGCGUGCCGUGCCUCAUCGGUCUUUGUUGCAAGUGUUGUGGCAAGUGUUGCAAGUAAAGAGUGUGUGGCACAAAUAAGCAUCUGAAUGAGAAAACCAUAGAUUGACCCCAGAAGCUCAUGCUAGGCCCACUUUCUGAUUGAUGGUUAAGCGACAAAAUCGUUGUGUUCUUUCGCGUUGGUCGUGCCACCAUCGUCGUCGUCGCCAUCAUCAUCGUCGGUGUCAUCGUGUUGCGCCUCCGAGCCAUCGUCGCGAGUUUGUUGUCCACAUCUUCGUGAAGAGAAACAAAAAGCCAAAUCUUUGUGGCAGUUCCGAGUGUCCCUUCUCCUGGCUGUUCCAAGUGUGAUAUGGCUGCAGCAGCAGCAGCAGCGUAGUGUGACUGAGUGUUAGUGUGAAAAAAAAGAGCAUCAAUUGAAUUGGUUAGCUACAAUCCCUUUGGGACAUGCCACAGUGCCCAGGAUCAAACAGGAUGCCCAGCGGAUUACACAAAGGGAUUAAAUAACAAAUGGCGUAUGUCAGCGGAUGGUGGAUAAUAUCGAAUCAUAUUGAAAAGCCGAGGAAUUUCGUGGAGAAAAGAUGAAAAAAACAAGCGAAAAUAACAGCACGAACACGAAACAGCGGCCAGAGGAUCCUGCAUUGGGGAACAACUUAUGAAAAACACUGGAAAAUACACAACGCAACAAAAGGAAAAUUGAUUGAAAAACAAACGAAAGAAAAGCAUAAGUACAGUGAAAAGCAACAAUCCAAAAAGGAAUAACAAAAAGGAGUACAAGAGGAGUCCAUCGAAACAAAAGUUUGGAAAGCAGAAAAAAUACACCUGGAAAAUGGUUAGUUUUUCCACUGCACGGCAGCUGCCGCUUGGACUCUGCCUAGUUGUGGCCACCGUCUCUCUGAUACUCUUCCAGGAUGCGGUCCAGGCCGAACAACAUCCGGCAAGCGCCGAUGAAGGACCCCUAUCGGAGGUACUGACAGCCGUGGGCUCGGAGGUGGCGCUACCCUGCGAUCUGCUACCAGGGACAAUGAUUGCGGACAAGGUCCAAUUGGUCAUCUGGUAUCGUCAGGGCAAUGUGAAGCCCAUCUAUACCUUUGAUGCCCGUGGACGUCCCCUGCAUCAGGCCAUACCCUGGGCGGACGACACUGUGUUCAACAAAAAGGCCCACUUCCACUACGACACAAAUCCACCCGCAUUGCGUAUCAAGAAUAUUCAGACUGUGGAUGCGGGAUUGUACAAAUGCCGCGUGGAUUUCCACAAGUCACCGACACGAAAUUGGCGCAUCAAUGUGACAGUUCUAGUUCCACCCACUCAGCUCACGAUACUGGAUCAUCAUGGCGCCGAGAUACGCGACCAGACAGCGGGACCCUAUCUCGAAGGCGACAGCAUCGACCUGACGUGUCUGUCCAGUGGGGGAGUGCCACCGCCGAGGGUCUCGUGGUGGCGCGAACAUGCCCUGAUCGACGACUCCUUUCAGGUGCUGCCCGACGGCUCGGUGCGCAAUGUCCUGCGCCUGAAGAACAUCCAGCGAAAGGAUCUAUUGACGAUGUACACCUGCCAGGCAACCAAUGGUCAUGUGGUGCCGGCCCUCUCAAAGAAAGUAAUCCUCGACUUGAAUCUUCCACCGCUCAAUCUGCUGCUGCAGGGUCUGAAUCAUGCAGUGGUGGCCGGCACUCGAACCCAUGCAACCUGCACUGCCAUCGGAGCUCGUCCACCGCCGCAUAUAAUCUGGUCGAAGGCUGGACAAAUCCUAAAAGGAGCCACGCAAUCUACCUCUGCUGAUGGGAAUACCACAAUUUCCGAGCUAAUGCUGAUACCCGUACCGGAGGACAAUGAGCGGCAGGUGGUCUGCUCCAUCUCCCUGAGUGCGGGCAUUACGUCGCAGCAACUGCACGAGGGUCACACCACGGUGAUGACUACACUGGGCAAUGGCAAUACGGGACUGUACCUCAAGGAUUCGCGCAUGCUGAAUGUCACACAUGCACCCAUUGUCAUCCUGAAUCUGGGAGCUCCAUUGGAUCCGAAUAAUCUGCUCAAAGGAUCGGAUGUCUAUUUGGAGUGCGAUGUGAAGGCCAAUCCGGCGAUAACGCGCGUUGAGUGGUAUCACAGUGACAAGCAACUGCACUCGUCGCGCGGCAUAAUCAUCUCCAACCAGACGCUGGUGCUGCAGGGCAUCUCAAAGUCCUCGCACGGCCAGUACUUCUGUCGGGCGAGCAACCUCCAGGGCAGCGUGUCCAGCAACGAGGUUUACUUGGACGUGAAGUAUCCACCCGUGUGCAAGUCGGACUCAACGAUUAUACGUGCGGCACUCAAGCAGACAAUCAACAUCACCUGCGAGGUGGACGCGAAUCCACUCGAUAAUCUAAAUUACAAGUGGCACUUCAACAACUCGCUGGAGAGCCUCAUCGAGCUGCCCCAACUUGGACCGGUCCUGCUGUCGCUGAAAUCGCCUUCCGGGUCCGGUCCUGGCUCCGGCUCGGACCUGGGCGGAUAUUAUCAGCGCAGCAAGCGGAAGCACACACACGGACUGCAGCGAGGGCUGCUCCAUGGUCGGCACGGACGCACGGCCAGCAUCGUGGACAUGUCGGCCAUUCGCUUCGAGGACGAGGACUAUCCGGCGGAGGGGCACGAGAUGGACGGCUAUCAGGACUAUGGCGAGGAGACGCCCUACACGCAAAUGGUCUACUCCAACAUGGUGCACAAGAACCAUGUGGAGAACAAACAGCCACAGCGGAAGCAGCUUUCCCAGCAGCAGGGCCAGCAGUCGUCGAGUGGACCUGGCGGCAGCAGCGACUCCUACAGCCCUGGCCAUCACGCAUCCAACUCGGCCAACUCGGCCUCCCUCCAAUUGGUGGAGCGAAAGCGGCUGGCCGCACUGCACAAGCAGCAGCAUCAUCGCCAGGCCGUGACCAUGCCCACCACAACGUCGGCGCCCCCACUGAACAACGUGUACAGCUACCACGUGGAGAGCUACGAGAGCUUCGGCGCCAUUUCCUGCGUGGCCAGCAGCCCGAUGGGCCACAGUCAGCCCUGCUGGUACCACAUCCAGCCGGCAGACCUUCCCGAAGCUGUGAAGAACUGUACGGCAUUUAAUGCCACGGCCAAUUCGCUGCAAAUCCAGUGCGUGCCCGGCUACGAUGGUGGCAUACCGCAGUACUUCCAUGUGCAGAUAUACGACGAACUUAAUCGCCAGAUACUCUACAAUGCCUCGUACAAAUAUCCAGAGUUCACGGUGAAGCGUUUGCCCAGCGAUUCCGUGUUUGUCAUUCGAGUGACGGCUGUGAAUGCGCAGGGGCCCAGCAAGGUGGCCCAUCGAUUGAGGGGUCGGACGCUUUCGGCGCCAUUGUUGCGAACAGCCUCGUCGACAGCGGUGCUGGUACAAUUGACGCCGCUUCUGGGCGCCUUAGUUGGCGUCAUUGCCACAUUGAUUCUGGUCGCCAUUUGUGUGGUGAUCUUUAUCAAAUUCCGCAGCAAGCGCGGUCACCGGCAUGGCAAUGGCGGGGAUGCCACCACCACCGAGGCGGACAAGGGCAGCGCCGAGCCAUUGUCCCGCAAUAUGGGCAGCCAUUCCAGCCUGGAGGACAAAAAUCCGGAUGUGGUGCCGCAGGAGGCAAACAGCGAGGAUGAGUUCCACCAGGAGGAGAAGGCCUUCGACCGAUUGAAUAUGGAAUCGCAGCGAAUUUUGUAUACGCCACCGACGCGCAUUAACACUGCCUCGCCGCCGCCACCGUCGCUGUCGCCCACCUUCGGCAAGCAGUACGGUGAACUGUCGCUGACAACGAACCCCGCCUUCAGCCUGUACAACACACCGCAACGUGCCCCGGCCGCUCAGCGUCCCGUCUACACCGCUCCGCCACCGCUGCUCUCCACCCGAACCCCGCCAAAUAUCUACACUCGCAUUCCGGGCCGUGGUGGUGCUGGUGGUGGUGUUGUCAUGCCUGGAGGAGUGGGUGCCAGCAGCUAUCACCUGCCUGCGUAUGAGACGCGCACCUCACCCACCUCGCCCUACGGCUCCACAACCACCUGCACCAUGCCCCUGCUGGGCGGCCAGUCCAACGGUUCGCUGCAGACCAACAGCAGCAGCGGUGGCGGUGGCGCGGCCGGGCUGGGUGCUUGCAACACGCUGCCCCAUCCGGGCAGCCUACACACGAGCGGCAUCUCGGCGGCGCUGACCAGCUCGGUGACCAGCGGCAACAUCACCAUCGGCGCCGCCCAAUCGCUGCUCACGUCGCCCCGCUCCCAGACCGCCUACACAACGCUGGGGGGCGGUGUGGCACCAGCAGUGUGCGUGCAGUCGCCUCUGCUGUUGGGUGGCGGGGGGAACUAUGAGACGGUGAGCUCCUGAGAGUUACCCAAUGAGGACAUCAAAUGUCAGAUAGUCUGCAUAGGCGGCAGCAGUACGUGCACCACCACUGCGCUGGGCGCCGAGCGCACCACCAUCGUCUAAGAGGAGAAUCAACAGGAGCAGGAGCAGCAAACAGCAACAGCAAAGUGCAGCGGAGGUAACUGAAUCCCAAAAAUCUGUAUUAUAGAAAUAAAGUUGCCGCUGACGUGGGUCUCGCUUUAAAAAACAAAACAAAAAUUUAAAAAACAACAAAAAUCUCUUUCAAAAGCGAAGCGAACAAAACUCUAACAAGACUUUCCGACUUCAAGCAGCAAAAACCACAUUAUAAGAAAGAACUCUAGAUAUAGGUUAUACAUACAUACAGACAUAUAUACUGGAUAUAGCAGUGUUUAGAGCCGAAGAAGUAAAAGCAUUUACAUACGAGUAUAUAUUUAGUUUACAUCUGUACCAUAAAAAGAAUUUUUGAUGCCCCCCAACCCGGAACUUCCUUAACCAAAUGUGAGGUUAGGCCCGAACGAUCUUUGUGCGCAAAUACUUCAGUGAACAAAAAAAAAAAAGAAGAGCUAUGCUUGUGAAAUGACACGAAAUAAAAUCCCGAACA